UUUUUUUUUUUGGGUCGGAAAAUUUCGAUGAAUGAGUUCCGGUAAAGAUAGGGACUCUGAGAACAGCCACCGAAGCAAGAAGAAGUCAAUUCUUCCCAAGGUUUUUGGAUCAAGACGGUCUGGUAAAGAAGAAGAAGAUGCAUCAAAUAAUAUGAACAACAGAGGAAAUAUGAUGAUCAAGGCAACAACAAUGAAUAUUUCAAUAGUAUUUCUUCUUUAAAUACGUACAUCACAAGAAAAUAUAUUUAUUAGUCUUAUAAUUAAUGGUUCUUGGAUCUUGUUUGAUAGAUUUGAAGCGACGAAUGGCUCCUCGAAAGAAACCGAUACUUGACAACUCUUUUCGAUGAUCUGGAAGACUGCUUCUGGUUAGGAAUUUUUUGAUUUAUUGGGUAAACCUACCCUAGAAAAGUUUACAUUUUCAUAUGCAUGAUUGCUUGCAAACAUAAGAAAAAUAAACGUACAUUGUCAAAGUAUUUUUUUCUUCUUAAAAAAAAAUGGUAAACCAUUCCCCGGAGAGAGAACGUGAAAACCCCGGUGACCACCCGCGUGGAAAUCUGGUAUGGUGCGGAUUCGGGUCUUUUUAGGGAUCCACGGAACGCUUUGACCACCCGACCACAGACGCGUGGUUACUAUUUGGGGUCUUCUUCAUCCCAAAUGAAAUCUAUGGAUCUUCUUGAUCUUGAUAUGUAUUACUAUUUGGGGUCUUCUUGUUCCCAAAUGAAAUCUAGGGUUUGCUAAGAAAAUUUUAAUACUUUUACUUGUAUAAUACGUCAGAGAGAAUGGAAGGCUUGAACCUAUCGGGUUCUAUGGCACCACCAUCAGAGAUUCGUGAACUCAGGGUGUUUGUAGCUACGUGGAAUGUAGGAGGAAGAACACCAAACAACGAUCUUAACCUCGAAGACUUCUUACUCGUUGAAGGCACAGCAGAUAUAUACAUUUGUGGGUUUCAAGAGAUUGUUCCUCUAAGUGCAGGAAAUGUAUUAGUAGUUGAAGACAAUGAGCCAGCAGCUAAAUGGUUAGCUCUAAUAAGCCAAGCUUUAAACAAACCGAAACAAGACUCUGCUUCAAGAACAACAACCUCUAGUAGUAAUUGUCGUGGUGAAGAGUCAAGAACACCAAGUAGUCUAAGUUUCUUUCAAAGACCUAAUCUUAAAGUCUUGAGCAGAAACUACAGAGUCGAUUCAAGUCUUUUGAAGACUUGUAAUUGUCAGGUUAUCGGUACUUCGGUUGGUUGGGAAGCUAGGCGGUCUAAAAAGUAUAGUGAUCAAGUUGUAGAUAACAAGAAUUAUGUGGAGCCCAAGAAUUUUAGGGUUCAUGAGAAUUUAUUGUUUGAUGAUGUUCCUGCCACUACCAAGAUGCCGGGACAAAUGAGUUAUCGACUGAUUGCUAGUAAACAAAUGGUUGGUUUGUUUUUGUCUGUUUGGGCUAGAAAAGAGUUGAUUCCACAUAUAUCUCAUCUUAGGCUUGAUUCUGUUGGAAGAGGAAUCAUGGGUCGCUUGGGUAACAAGGGAUGUAUUGCUAUAAGCAUGUCAUUGCACCAAACAAGCUUUUGCUUUGUGUGUAGCCAUUUGGCCUCUGGUGAGAAAGAAGGGGAUGAGAUGAGAAGAAACGCAGAUGUAGCUGAGAUUCUGAAGCAUACUCAGUUCCCCAAAAUCACCAAGAACCCUAGUUGUCGCGCACCCGAAAGAAUAGUUGAUCACGACCGAGUGGUUUGGCUUGGAGAUUUGAAUUACAGAGUUGCUUUAACCUAUGAAGAGACAAAAGUAUUACUAGAAGAAAAUGAUUGGCAUACUCUUCUUGAAAAAGACCAGCUCAACAUGGAAAGAGCAGCAGGAAGAGUCUUCUCUGGAUUUCAAGAAGGUCAAAUAUUCUUUGCUCCAACGUAUAAAUAUUCUCAAAACUCAGAUGCUUACGCCGGAGAGACCAAUAAGUCAAAGAGAAAACGCCGUACUCCUGCUUGGUGUGAUCGGAUUCUCUGGAGAGGAGAAAGAAUAGAACAACUUUCUUAUAUUCGAGGAGAAUCAAGGUUUUCAGAUCACAGACCGGUUUGUGCAAUCUUUGCAGUAGAAGUUGAUGUAAAGAGUAUGAACAAAGGUAGAUGGAAAGGUUAUUCUAGUGCGGCUGCAAGAUUGGUUGAAGAUUGCAUUACACAAAGGCAUAGUUUUUACGACUAAGAUUGUUACAAUUCUUUUUGAAAGAGGUAUUGUUUCUAGAUUGUAUAUAGAUUUGGAUCAACAAAAAAAAAACAAUCUUGAGACAUAAUUAAGUAUAUCUGUCUUCACACCCCAAGUCCCAUAUAAGUGUUACAACAACACUUAGGUAUUGUUUGUAAAUUACUGGUUUAAACUGUGGAAGGCUAUGUAACCAUCUUCUCUAUAUUUGAAGCAAGGCAUGUAUGUAUUAUAACUUAUACCGUCAUUCAUCUGAAUAUUGCAUCUAUGCUAUGAAAACAUUGCUCCAAAUCUUCACAUUUUACCAAAAAAAAAAACAAAAAAAAACUGCGCUCCUCCUAACAAUUUGUGUCUGUUCUUUAUGAUUUGUUACCUAAUAUGGUUUCUCAUCCUUUUGUUAUUUCAAAUGCCCCUUGAUAAACCUUAAUAAUUAGGUGAUUCAAAGUGUCAUUUAACCAUUUCUGGAAUUCUAAGUAAAGAUAAGAGGUAGCAUGCCAUCGGUGCGAGUCCACUGGUGCUAAUAAUCUAUAGAGGUCCAUUGAAUCAUGAAAAAUAUUGAUUAGCUACCUAAUCAUGUCUAUUAGAUUAGCAAUGAAUUCAUUAAGAAUAGUGGAUAUUCUGGUCUGACAUGCAAAGUCAACUAUUUAAAAAAAUGAAAAAGAUGGCAUGUAGUCAACGAAUUAGCGAUUUCAUCUAGUUCUUUUGAUUUUAUGACUUUUUCAUUUCACCCGUAGAACUCAGAUAUGCGUAUUCGUUAAACCUAAGUGAUGAUACUUUUAAGCAAACAAACAAAAACCUAUGUGAUGAUACAACAUCGACAUUGGUAUAAACCAAUCACAUAUAAUCUAUGUACAUUUCUAAAUUUUCCCAUGGCUUAAUCAAAAUGUGAUCGAGUUAUGCACUAUCUAUAAUGGUUGUUCAUAAAAUAAAACGAAAAACAAGAAAUAUGCUAGUAACAUUUCACUCUCUGUGGUGGUUGUUGUAAAUGGCUACUAAGAAAAAUCGAUUGCUUUGAUAGCAUUAAAAUUAUCUUCCAAAAGCGUGAAAUCCCUUAAUAUUAAAGGAGAAGCAUUUUCGUUUAAUGAUUUCACAUUACGUUUGCCACGUAGCAGCUUCACAUCGAUUUAAAAACGAGUACGCUGACGUGUUACGUGCAGAGAGCUUCUCCACCAAACUCUACAUAAAUGCGUUCACACUAUAUACUAUUUUACGGUUUUCAAUAUAAAACUCACAUGCACGUUCUUUGAACAAAAAUGUAUUUUAAUGUUAAUUACGGUAUUUUUAUAUAUUUAUCAACCACCUUUAUAUAUUUUUAAAAUACACAUACAUGUAAGAGUGGGCACGAAUCGGAUAUCUGCGGUUUUGGAAGUAUUCGUGAUCCAAUAUGAUUCGUCCGAAUAAUCAAUUAUCCGAUUCGAUUCAUAGCCAUCCAAAUAUACAGUGUCCCAGAAAAAUUAGAUUUUAACCGGUUUCGAUCCGUAAAAUAAAUAAAGAAAUUAAAAAAAAAAACAAAAAACAAUAAAUAAUAGAAAAUAAUCAAAUUUUAUUACAAAAACAAAAAACUUAUUUAUUUUUUUGAAUACUAAUACCUAAUUUUAUAAAUUUAGUAAAUAAAGAUAUUGUAAAACUUAUAUAG